UCCUUUAGCAGUAAUUUCGACGAAGCGUGGAGGACCAAUUGCUGUGGAUUCAAAGCUGAAAGAGAGAAGAUCUCAAAACGUUUGAACCAGAAUCCGUUUUCGCUCUUGUGAUCGGCGGCUUUACGAGUUCUGCGUUUGUCGGAUUCUGAGUUUUGUCGUCUUCCUCUCUGUCGCCACAGAACCGAAAAAAAAGCCAAACCGUUAGAUGCAUCGGAUCAAAGAAUGCAAUUGUGACGAAAUCGAAGGAAUGAACAUGUGACACUACCUGCAUAGACAGUAACAACUUGUAGUGGAAAAGAUGAGAAGACCUAGCCAAAUGAUGAAGCUGCUUGUAGCAUCCUUUUUCGGAGUUAUAGUUGGUUUCCUUAUGGGUAUUACUUUUCCAACUCUCACCUUAACUAAGAUGAAUCUUCCUUCCUCGCUGUUCCCCUCCAUUGAUCUUGCAUACAUUGAGGAUAACUUAUCAAGAAAAAGACUGUUUAGCUCUUGGUCUUCCACAAAGAGCCCCAAACCCAAGCAUGACAUCCCUGAUCCCCCCUAUACCUAUAAUGACACUAAGAUAUGGGUUGCUAGUAAUCCCCGUGGUGCUGAGAGGCUGCCUCCAGAUAUAGUAACCCCUGAAUCAGAUUUAUACCUCCGUCGAUUGUGGGGUGACCCUAAUGAGGAUUUGAAAACCAAGCAGCGGUAUCUUGUAACGUUUACGGUUGGUUAUGGUCAGAGGAAAAACAUAGACGCUGCGUUGAAGAAGUUCUCAGAUAACUUCACAAUAAUGCUGUUUCACUACGAUGGCCGAGCCAGCGAGUGGGAAGAGUUUGAAUGGUCUAAGCGAGCCAUUCAUGUGAGCAUUAGGAAACAAACAAAAUGGUGGUACGCCAAGCGGUUUCUUCAUCCGGACAUAGUUGCUCCUUAUGAUUAUGUCUUCAUAUGGGACGAGGAUCUUGGCGUGGAACACUUUGAUUCUGAGAAAUAUCUGGCGGUGGUGAAGAAACAUGGUUUGGAGAUCUCACAGCCUGGGUUAGAGCCAUAUGAAGGUCUCACAUGGGAAAUGACAAAGAAAAGAGAUGACACUGAAGUCCACAAGAAUGCUGAGGAGAGGAAUGGGUGGUGCAGUGAUCCAAAUCUACCCCCUUGUGCAGCAUUCGUUGAGAUUAUGGCUCCUGUUUUCUCCCGUAAAGCAUGGCGAUGUGUUUGGCAUAUGAUUCAGAACGAUUUAGUUCAUGGAUGGGGUCUAGAUUUUGCGGUUCGAAAAUGCGUUCAGAAUGCGCACGAGAAAAUUGGAGUGGUAGAUGCUCAAUGGAUCAUUCAUCAAGGUGUUCCAUCACUAGGCAACCAAGGACAACAAGAGCAAGGGAAACAACCAUGGGAAGGGGUGAGGGAAAGAUGCAGGAGAGAGUGGACGAUGUUCCAAGACAGAUUGGAUGAUGCAGAGAAAGCUUACUUCGAAGCAUCUGCUCACAGCAACUCUUCUUCUUCUUCUUCUUCACGACCUCACCGGUAACCAAAAAAAAAAACAAAAAACAAACAAAACUGUCUCUCUUUCUGAGUUACACUCCGUUGCCUUCUCUGCUAACGAAAAUAUUCUAAGCACAUUUAUUAACUUUUUUUUUCUUUUUGUUAAAUCAUAGUAUUGUUGGAAAAAUAUAGAUAAAUAUUUUGCUUCUUACUUA